GGCCGGGACUCGGUAGAGGGGGGAGGGAGUGACUGGCUGACUGACUCAGUGUGUGAGUUAGUGGCACCGCAAUAGUCACCAGCACCUUCUUCGUCAGUCACUCUAUGGGGAAGAAUGGCGAGGGGAGAGAGCUCGCGAGUGGGGCCUGCCGGAGGUUGUGCACUUGUUCGCUUACUUGGGAAGGCAGCUCAUAAAACGGGUGGGUUGUAUUGGGGUGUAGUGUGGUGUGAGAGGGCUCAACUGAUGUGUGAUGAGACGAGAGCGAACGAGAGGAGAGGAUUGAUCGAUCGAGAGACGCGAGGUUAAGUUUGAGGCGAGUUUCACAGUCGAGGGCAGUGUCGAAUUGUGAUUGCCGCAGAGGAGCGUGAGCGAGGGAGCGAAUGAGUGAGUGAGUGAGCGAGUGAGCGAGUAUUUCGUCGGCUGGAGCUUUGGAUGAUUAUGUGGUUGAGCCAGUGGCUAAUGGUUGAUGGUGAGUCGGACGAGGGGAAGAGAAAUAUAGAUCGGAUGUUGGAAGCUUGGGACGACGAAGCUGCUGCUGCGUCUUACAGGUGGAGAGGCUGAGAGAGGGUGGCAUGAUUUGAGCUGUACGGAGAGGAGAGGAGAGGAGAGGAGAGGUAGUCGUAGAGAGGGAGAGAAAUUUCGUGAGGAUAUUGUUCGAGAGACGAGGCUAGACUGUGAUUGUCGCAGCUGUAAAGGAACGUCAGCCACCAUGGAUCACGCGCACUUACAGCAAGCCCAGGAGCAGACUGCCUACACGCUCGAUUUGUACAAGCAGGUGUUGAAACUGGAAGAAUUGAAAGACAACGCUGUGAUGUCUCCGAUGAGUAUAGCCACAGCUCUGGCGAUGACUGCCGGAGGUUGCAGGGGAGAGACCUUAGCUCAGUUCGCGGCCCAUCUCAAGCAUCCGGAUAGCGAGAACAUGCACCAGUUGUCGAUGCAGAUCAACAACUCCAUAUUCCGAGAAGGAAGCGAUUCUGCAGGUCCCUAUCUUGCAUCGGCCAGCGGCCUGUGGGUGGAUGAGAGAACUCCUCUCAAUCCCAAGUUCAGGAGGUUCGUCAAGCACAAUUACGGUGGCGAGGCGCAAGAAGCUGAUUUCAGAACCAAGGCUGGGGAGGUGUGCAACGAGGUGAAUCAGUGGGUGGGCGAUCAGACUCGGGGUAAGGUGAGCAACAUGCUGCCACCUGGUGCCGUUCACGGGGAGACGAGAAUGCUACUGGUGAAUGCUCUGUAUUUCAGAGGCAAUUGGAAGGAGAAGUUCGACAUCAAGCAGACCAAGGAUAAGACCUUUUAUCUCAUGAACGGGCAGUGCAUGACUGUGCCGAUGAUGCGAACGCAGAAGAAGCAGUACAUCAAAUCCUACUCCAACUGGUCCUCGUCGGAUGCGUCAUUCAAGCAGGAUCUGUGGCCCAUGUACUCGUUCAACGAGUCCCAUGGAGCGACGGAUUUCGCGCCUCCCGCUGUGAUUACCGAGCAACCUUUUGAGUUCAAGGUUUUGAGGCUGCCUUACAAGACAGGCAACAAAGAUCAUCGUCAGCUGUCGAUGUACAUCCUGCUUCCGGACAGGAAGGACGGGCUGCCUGAGCUCGAGAGGAACCUCGAUGCCGCAUGGCUGAUGAGAGAGUUGCCCACUCUGACCAGAUUCGAGCCGGUCGGAGAAUUCUGGCUCCCUCGAUUCAAGUCGUCUUUCAAGUUCCCCGUCAAUAAACCUCUGCAGAAUCUCGGGCUCACCACGCCGUUUCACGAAGUAAAGGCCGAUUUCUCAGGCAUGCUGGAAGCCCCCGGUGCCAGAUCCGGCAGAUUCACCUGCGUCCCGGGCGGAUGCAACAGCAUGAUCAGAACGUCGGGACGACGGCUCUACCUUUCAAAAGUCAUUCACGAGGCGAUCGUCGAGGUGAGAGAGGAUGGAGGCGAGCCCGUAGCAGCUCCUGUCUACGGUCGGAGCGUAUCGAAUUGCGCAAUCGAGCCUCUGUACAAGAUGGACUUCGUUGCCGACCAUCCGUUCUUGUAUCUAAUCAGGGAAGACGCGACCGGAGUCGUCUUAUUCAUCGGCCGUUGUACUCAUCCCAAGGACGCCAAUCCUUUGCUCGAGCUGUAAUCCCACGGGAGCUGAAGCUCCCACUACUAACUACUACACAUAGCGACGACCAUGGCAACCGGAAGCAGCGCGGAUCCUUACCCCGAGUUCAGCGAGGAUCGCGAAUUGGAGCCGCUAGCCAAUUCCCAUGACCUCCGGACUCCUCUCUGUACAUAAAAAAUCCCCCCCGCAGCCGCAGCCCUACGCAAUCAUCGUUUGCUCGAGAACGCCGUGCAUCAGCACAAACGAGACUCCCUCAUCCAUCCGCCGACGAGACUGGUGCAACUCAGGGCAAGGCGAGUCAGUCUGCCGGGUUCAGAAGCGCUCUAGGUGCCAGUGUACAGUAUAUUAAUUAGGUUCAGAGAAGAAUUCCAGUUGUAGAUUUUAUGUCUGAGUGUUGUUAAUGGUAAAUUAUGUUUGAUACUUAGAGUAGCAUUCUCCGCUGGGCAUUUCCGACCAGAGCGCGUCUCAGUCGAAGGCCAAAUGCGGGCAGGAAUCGGAGAAAGUUGAGUUGAACGAGGUUGUAGUAGCCCCCUCCUGCUUGUGGAGAGACGCUGGAAUUAUGAGUCGAGAGCAGAUGAGCUGAUAGAGAACAAACUCUGGCCCUUCUUGACGGCUUUCCUCGUAAUCAAAAGUUUUGGUAAAAGAGCUGGAAUUCUUUCAAGUA